UCAAAACUUCUAUUUUUGGAUUUUCACAGAAGCUGCCCUAAAUGUUCCUAUGAUCUUUGCCUCACCUGUUGCCGGGAGAUUCGAGAUGGACACCUGCAGGGAGGUGCAGAUGAAAUGAGUAUGAAUAUCAAUUGGGGCUUGAGCUAUUGACAUGCUGGAAAAGGGAAUAUUGCAGAAGUGCCUUCUGAAACUAGCACCAAGUGUCGUGCAUGGCCGAAAUCUGAGUGGAAAGCAAAUUUAGAUGGGAGUGUUCUUUGCCCUCCGAAGGACAUGGGUGCUUGUGGUUGUACUCUUUUAGAAUUGAGAUGCAUGUUUUCUGAAAGCCACAUUAGCCAGUUGGUAAAAAAAGCAGAAGAAAUUGUUGAAACACAUCAACGCAUGCAUGUGUCUGGAACUUCUGCACAACAGCGUUGCAACUCUCUGGGUAUCCUUGACGCGAUCAGCAAUAAGUUAAGGAAAGCAGCUUCUCGAGAGGGAUCUGAUGAAAACUUUUUAUACCGUCCAAGAGGUAAAGACAUCCAACCGGAGGAUUUAAAGCAUUUUCAAUGUCAUUGGAUCCAGGGAGAACCUGUGAUUGUAACUAGUGUCCUUGAAAUUGCAUUAGGUUUAAGCUGGGAACCACAGGUCAUGUGGAGCGCUUGUCGUCAGACGCGACAUGCUAAGCGGGAUAGACAUAUCGAAGUGAAUGCCAUUAAUUGUUUGGAUUGGUGUCAUGUAGAUAUCAACAUCCACCAUUUUUUUAAUGGAUAUUUGAAGGGUCGGUUUGAUAGGGAAAUGUGGCCUCAGAUGUUGAAACUCAAUGAUCCAUCCCUAGAUGAUUCUUUCCAGGAGCACCUUCCUCGUCACUGUGCUGAGUUCAUUUGUUGCUUGCCAUUUAAGGAAUAUACUCAUCCUUACCGUGGCUUUUUGAACCUUUCUGUCAAAUUGCCUACAGAAUGCGUGAAGCCAGUCAUGGGACCAAAGACAUACAUCGCUUAUGGUAUUUCCCAGGAGCUUGGUCGUGGAGAUUCUGUAAAACUUCACUGCGACUCAUGUGAUGUGGUGUGCUUGGCUCUUUUUCAUUUUUCCUGAGAGUUAUGCCAAG